CGCGCCGCCAGCAGGGUCAAGCCAAGGGCGAAAGACCGACACAACAGACGACACUCUAGCAGAGCGUGAAGGCUAGCAAGCCGAGGAAGCUGCACCUAUACCAUCAUCGCCCACGAUGAGAGAGAUUGUGCACUUGCAAACAGGCCAAUGCGGCAAUCAGAUCGGUGCCAAAUUCUGGGAAGUCGUCAGUGAAGAGCACGGCAUCGAUCAGACGGGCGCCUACGUAGGCACCAACGAUCUCCAGCUAGAGCGCAUCUCGGUCUACUUCAACGAAGCCUCUUCGGCAAAGUAUGUACCGCGAGCCGUCCUCGUCGAUCUAGAGCCAGGCACAAUGGACUCUGUCAAGUCGGGUCCAUUCGGUCAGCUGUUCAAGCCAGACAACUUCAUCUUUGGCCAGUCUGGUGCAGGCAACAACUGGGCAAAAGGUCACUACACAGAGGGUGCUGAACUGGUCGAUCAAGUGCUCGAUGUCGUCCGCAAGGAGGCAGAGGGCUGCGACAGCUUGCAAGGUUUCCAGAUUACCCACUCGCUCGGUGGCGGUACCGGCGCAGGCAUGGGCACCCUCUUGAUCUCAAAGAUCAGAGAGGAAUUUCCUGACCGAAUGAUGGCGACUUUCUCAGUCGUGCCUUCACCAAAGGUAUCGGACACAGUCGUCGAGCCAUACAACGCUACCCUGUCUGUCCAUCAACUCGUGGAAAACUCUGACGAGACAUUCUGUAUCGAUAACGAAGCGCUCUACGACAUUUGCUUCAGAACGCUCAAGCUGACCACACCGACCUACGGCGAUCUCAAUCAUCUCGUCUCUAUCGUCAUGUCAGGCAUCACCACUUGUCUCCGCUUCCCCGGUCAACUCAACUCCGAUCUACGAAAGCUUGCCGUCAACAUGGUCCCCUUCCCUCGCUUGCACUUCUUCAUGGUCGGCUUUGCACCGUUGACGUCUAGAGGCAGCCAAGGCUUCAAAGCCGUCACCGUGCCCGAACUGACUUCGCAAAUGUUUGAGUCUCGCAACAUGAUGGCAGCCUCCGAUCCCCGCCGAGGAAGAUAUCUUACCGUCGCUGCUUAUUUCCGUGGCAAGGUCUCGAUGAAAGACGUAGAGGAGAACAUGAUGUCGGUCCAGACAAAGAACUCAUCCUACUUUGUCGAAUGGAUCCCCAACAACGUCCAGACCGCUUGCUGCGAUAUUCCUCCUCGCGGCCUCAAGAUGUCUGUCACUUUCAUCGGCAAUUCGACUGCAAUCCAGGAGCUGUUCAAGCGUAUCGCCGAACAGUUCUCUGCCAUGUUCCGUCGCAAGGCUUUCUUGCAUUGGUACACGGGCGAGGGCAUGGAUGAGCUCGAGUUCUCAGAAGCAGAGUCGAACAUGCAAGAUCUGAUUGCAGAAUACACACAAUAUGAAAAUGCGACGGGCGACGAUGGCGAGGAAGAAGAAUAUGCCGGGGAAGAAGUGGCAGAGUAGCAGAUGCUCGCUCGAUGAUCCGUA